AUGUUGUGCUUACAUAUAAUUCCUGAAUAUUCUGAAACCAAGUCAUUUUCAUUUGAGUUGUUUGACUACGGCGCAUAUUGCCCCACACCGAAGCCUCUGACUGGAAAGUUAUUGGAUUUUAUUUCCGAUCCGCACUCGAAAGGAACCAUUUUGGUGGCGUUUGGGACAGUGAUUAACUGGAAUCGAAUCCCCAGGGAGAAAUUUGAGGCUAUUCUUACAACGCUAAAUUCUUUAACGGAUUAUCGUAUCGUAUGGGCCUAUAAUGGUGAACAUGUACAGACAAAAUCACAUAUUUACACUUCCAAGUGGAUACCUCAAGUAGACGUUUUGUACGAUAAUCGGACAGUGCUAUUUUUCAGCCACGGUGGUUUAAAAAGGUACUGA